AUGGUCUCCCCGGAACGACUCAAGGAGAUAUGGGUCCCCUUAGCGGACGACUACGCGUAUAAGAAGCGCAAACUACGCGUUGCCACCAUCGGUGCUGGCUUCUCAGGCUUGAUAUUUGCCCACAAGAUCCAGCAUGAGCAACCGGAGUUGCAGGAGUUCAUUGAGCAUGUCAUCUUUGAGGCCAACGAUGACGUUGGCGGAACAUGGAAAGUCAAUACGUACCCGGGUGUCCAGUGCGACGUGCCGGCCCACAUCUAUGCAUUUCCUUUUGAUCCGAAUCCCGACUGGUCCAAGUUCUAUGCCGAUGGCCCAGAGAUCUUGGAGUACGUGAAGAAGACAGUCGCCAAAUGGAACUUGAACCGGGACAUUCAGUUCAACACUCGAGUGAUUGCCCUCAAUUGGCUGGAAGAGGAAGGGAAGUGGAAGAUCCGUGUCCGGAAGAAUGGACAGGAAGAGAGGGACGAGUUUGCCGAUGUUCUCGUGUCAGCUCAGGGGUUUCUCAGCCAGUGGAAAUGGCCAGAUAUACCCGGUCUGCAGACCUUCAAGGGCCACAAAGUGCAUUCGGCGGGAUGGGAUCACUCCUAUGACUACUCAAACAAAAGAAUAGGAAUCAUCGGCAAUGGAUCAUCCGCCAUCCAAAUCUUGCCACAACUGGCCAAGUUGCCUGGUACACAGGUGGUGAGCUUUCAGAGGGGGGCCACCUGGAUCACUCAGAGUCUAGGCGAGGCCCUCGGUGUUGGCGGUGACAAACAGCCCGACGACGAAGAGACCGAGGACCAGGAAAUGACCAACGGUGAUGAGGGCGUCGAUAUGACGGAGGUGGAUCCGGCUGAGGAACAGGUGGGAAGCAAGUUCAACCCACGAUACACCAAGAUCGACAAGAAGAGGUUUCGGAAUCCUGAGAAACACAAGGCCUAUCGUAAGAUGCUGCAGCAUGGGAUGAACAAGGGUUUCAGGCUGUUCCGCAAAGGCUCUGUUCAAAACGCCAAAUCCACCGAGGUCACCGUCGAACGGAUGCGCGCCGCGUUGAACAACGACCCAGAGCUCUGCGAAAAGCUCAUUCCGAACUGGACACUGGGUUGCCGACGCCUGACCCCCGGUGAAGGCUACCUGGAGGCCUUCCUGUUGCCCACCGUGUCGCUGGAGAAAUCACCUAUCGCGCACAUCACCGAGACCGGCAUCGAGACAGAAUCCGGGUCUCACUACGACGUGGACGUGAUCGUGUGCGCCACGGGCUUCGACGUCUCGCACGUCCCGCACUACCCCGUAACGGGCCGCAACGGCAUGACCCUGGCCGAGAAAUGGAAAGACGAGCCCGAGAGCUACCUGAGUGUGGCGUGCCCAGAUUUUCCCAACUACUUCAUCUUCACGGGGCCGAACGCGACGGUCGGGCACGGCACGCUGGUGACCAGCCUGACGUGGACGGCCGAGUACAUCGUCAAGUGGCUGCACAAGAUCGCCGGCGAGGACAUCCACUCGGCGGCGCCGCGCCAAGACGCGACCGACGAGUUCGUGACCUACGGCGACGAGAUCCACGCCACGCUCACCUGGACCGGCGCCUGCAAGAGCUGGUACAAAAACCACCGCGUCGACGGCCGCGUCACCGCCACCUGGCCCGGCAGCGCCCUGCUGUACCGCGAGGUCAUCCUUCGUGAGAUCCGCGGCGAGGACUGGGACGUACGCUACCGCUCGCGCAACCGCUGGAAGGGCGUCCUGGGCAACGGCUUCACCCGCCUGGAGAUCGAGGCCGAGGAGAAGGAACAGCAAGGCGAAGUCGUCGAUCUGGCUUUCUACGUCAAUUCGUAA